CUGGCGCCGCGCUGGUCCGGGUCGCUUCCGUCAUGGCCAGCCAGUCGCAGGGCAUCCAGCAGCUGCUGCAGGCCGAGAAGCGCGCCGCCGAGAAGGUGGCCGAGGCCCGCAAGCGAAAGAAUCGGCGACUGAAGCAGGCCAAGGAAGAAGCUCAGGCUGAGAUUGAACAGUAUCGGCUGCAAAGGGAGAAGGACUUCAAAGCAAAAGAAGCCGCGGCACUUGGCUCCCAUGGCAGUUCUACCACUGAGGUGGAACAGGGAACCCAGGAGAAGAUGACCCUUCUUCAGAAUAACUUCCAGAAGAAUCGGGAGGAAGUGCUGAACAGCUUGCUGAAUUUGGUCUUUGACAUCAAACCUGAAAUCCAUUCGAACUACCGCAUUAAUGGAUAAAAUGAAUGUUUUGUUCUUCAAGAAGUAUUAAGCAAUACUAGCUUUGGCUACACCCUUUUUAUAAAUGUCCAUAACUUAUUUCCAAGAGGUGUAGAUAAUCUGUCUCUCUCUGUGUUUUUUUUUUCUUUUUCUUUUUCAUAAAGGUAUCUUGUCUUGCCCUUUUGUAGCACUUUUGAAGUUUCUAUAUAGGCUGGCUCUGUGUCCCAAAAGUGCAUUAUAAUAUAGGAGUGUAGCAUAGAAGAUAUCGGAUAAAUUGUGCUGAGUAUUAAAGGAUCACUUUGGCCCCAAGAAGUGUUUGAAAGUCAGGAAAGAUAUGAAGUGCCACGCUACUUUCUGUAUCCCUCUUAAAUUGUAAACUCUAUGAAUUAGGUACUCUGAUUAAAAAAAAAAACAGAGUAAAGAAACAGGAAUUUUGUUUAUAGAGUUGUGGAUUGAAUAGUAUUCCGAUUGUUUCUGAACAUGUUUAAAUAAGUUUUAUUUAAGUAAUAACUGUACCUUGUAUAUUCUCCUGUUGAACUUGAACAGGCUGCUGCCUUUAAGGUGCUUGAAGAAAAGUAUAGAUCUGAUCUGAGUUGCAAAGAAAUUAAAACUUUUUUUUCCUCCUUUUCCCCUUGCUC